AUGUCGUCGAGGAAUUCCGUCGCCGGUUUCGCUUUAUUCACUUUCGUUUUCGCCGUCAUUUCGUCUCUCGCCGGUGCUCAAACGCUAGCUCCUGCUCCUGCUCCCACCAGCGAUGAUUCCGCGAACAUCGAUCGAUCAAGGGAUUGCGUAUUUGCUAAUGGUGGUGGCUUUAGUGUUGACUUACCUAAUCCAUCCACUUGA